CCACUUCCACUCAAAGGGUGAUAACAUAAACAGCAAAAAAGAAGAUGGCAAGACUAUUGUUACUUUUCCUUCCAGGUCUUAUGGCUGUAGGCACCGUGCACGGAAUAUUUAUGGACAAACUUGCUUCCAAGAAGCUCUGUGCAGAUGACGAGUGUGUCUAUACUAUUUCUCUGGCUAGAGCUCAAGAAGAUUAUAAUGCCCCAGACUGUAGAUUCAUUAACGUUAAAAAGGGGCAGCAGAUCUACGUUUACUCAAAGCUGGUAAAAGAAAAUGAAGCUGGAGAAUUUUGGGCUGGCAGUGUGUAUGGCGAUCACCAGGAGGACGCGAUGGGAACAGUGGGUUAUUUCCCCAGAAACUUGGUCGAGGAGCAACAUGUAUACCAGGAAGCCAUCAAGGAAGUCCCGACCACAGAUAUUGACUUUUUCUGCGAGUAAGAAAUUAGACAAAUCUGCAGAUAGAAAGAAAACACCAAAAUUAAGAAAAAAAG